AGCUGUGAUGAAAAACGGCCGAGAGAGGAGGACAGGGUGCACCAGGGGUUUCAGACCUGGACUAGAGCUGUUUCAGAGCAGCAGUGGGGGAAAAUGGAUCCACACUCACUGAGAAUAGGAAAGGGAAGGGAGAGGAGGCAUUUCGGGCAGGCGUGCUGAAGGUACUUGGGUCAGGGCGAGGUCAUUUUGGACACUGAGGCCUGUCUCAGGUUCCCUACCCAUGUCUCUGUAAGAGCAGGUACACCCCACAUGGGCAUUCCCGGGGUUGUUUUCCCCACAGGAUCCCAGCCUGCAUGGGGACGGGGUCUGUGAUUACACUGGUCAUGGCUGUGGCCAGCCCCUUGCCCAGCAUCCGCUCCUAAGUGCUGGUGGAUGUGGGUUAAGUGGUUAAGUGAAGGAUGUCAAUACAUGUAAAGCACUUAGAACACAGACAGGUGCACAAUAAAUGCUCAGUGAAUGUGAGUUACUGUUGGCUGCAGACCAGGAAGGAACUAAAGACCUGGUGAGAGCAGUUUGAGAGGCCUUGCUCAGGGCUGACCCAAGGCCACAGUGCCCCUGCAGGAGACUAGACCAGGAAGGCGACUCCAGGUCCCGAGGGAUGGAGGUGGGGUCAAAGGUGCCCGGCAGCACCGCACAGGCCAGCUUCGUGUGCCAGCGCUGCAGCCAGCCCCCAAAAGUAGACUGUGUCACCACCCAGGAGCCCACAGCUCCAUUACUUGCCCCAGCCCAGGUGAAACCAGGAGAGACCCAGAGGGAGGAGGCUAGCUCAGGAAAGGACCUGUUUGUUGAAUCCCGCCAGGACGAUGUCUCUCAGGGAUUCAUCCCCCUGGCCAGGAUGAUGUCUGCGGAAAGUGCUGACCUCUUCACCCUAUCGGGAGGCACCUGAUGCCCCACCAUGGAGAACAAUAGCUGAAGACAGAAGGUCACCAGACUUCUUGACAUCCUGUGGGGCCAGAGGAUGUGGAUCGCUGCUCUGUGCAGAAGGCACAGAUUCUCUCUCAGGCCAGCUGAUACUCAGCCUAGCAUCGCUGAAAACGAGUGUCGGAGCUGCAGAUGCUUCUUGGAGAUCUUAGAGCAAAUGAAUGAGGAUGACAGUGACCAGCUCCAGAUGGAGCUACAGGAGCUGGCCUGGGAGGAGGAGAGGCUGAUUCAGGAGCUGGAAGAAAAGAACCUCGAGGCAGUGGCUGAAAGUCGUGAGGAUGUCGAGGCCAAGGCUGAGAGACUGGAUCCGGAGGAAACUUGGUGUUGGGGAAUACAGUGAACGGACGAUGAGCUGGAGUGUAGAAAACCAGAUGCGUUAAGUUCCUGGAGAAAUGGAACGAGAUGAGUGCUCCUUGGGGCCGGUGGGCAUUGUUGCUCCGUGCCCUGGCGGGUAAGAUGGUCUGCAGUUUCAGAGGUUUCUGCUUGUUCCCAGUGGAAACCAUUUGCGUCUGGCAUCUCUGACAGACAGAUCUGAGGACCUGCGUUUGUACUGGUCUGGGGGCUGCAAUUUUUCUGGGACAACAGGUUUGACUACACAGUGGUCCUUUCAUGGGCUGUGAGCAACAAUUCAAAGAAGAGGCUGAGAAAGGCGAGGCAUCCAUUUAUGUCUUCCUUGCAGGGUAGAUGUGGAGAAAGGGAAGGUGGGAGACACGAGGCAGCGGCAGCUCCUAAACACCUAGCUUAGCUCCGAGGAACAGCGGAUAAAAGUCUCAAGUUCAGGCUGGUGAAUCUUCAGUGGGGUCUUGCUCGGGUGUCCUCAUGGUUUUCUAAUAAAUGAACUCCUGUUUUCCUUAGUGAGAUACUUGCCUUAAAGACUUACAAUUUUGGUUUGUUUGCAAAAAAAAAAAAAAGUUUUAAAUUAAAUUCCGGUGAUAGCGAACAGCACAUGUUUACAAUACCAAAAAAGAAAAAAUACACAGAGGCCACUUUAUUAUCUCCUGUGAUAGUUUCCGGAGCUACCACAGGCCUUGUAUAGGGACCAGCAUUUGUCAUAGUUUUGACUGUUAACCCCAUGUCUGCCUCGCCCUCUUUCCCUUCAGAAAAAAGAAUUUAAGUUUGCUUUAAAAAAAAAAUUCAGUUGAAUAGAGAUCAGUGUUUUCACUGGAUUUCCUCUCUCUCAACUUCCUGCACUCAAAAUACGAAAUAGAAAUUUUUGUCUCCACUGAGAUGGUUAGAUGUGUGAGCCACAUGAUUGGAAAACAUGAGAAAAUGACAUAUAAGUUUUGCCUGGUCACCAUAGGAUGUGGUCGGGAGCUUAAAAUUCAAUACAUCUCCCUUGGUUCCAAUACUGAAUGCCCACUCUGCUGUGUGUUAGAGAUAUGGAAUGGUGUUGUUAUGGAGAUAGUUAAUUAUGUGUAAUA